CGAGGACGUCAUUCGAUAUGCGCAUGCUCCAAAAUCGAGUUGGUUCAGUGGUGACAGAACGUGCAAGAACCCAGUACCCAACGCUCGUACAAUUAUUAUACAAUAUCAUCAGAAAAUCUUUGAUUCUAUUAUAGCGACUUGGCAUUUAUUUGUAUGCGCUUAUUGUGUGUAUAUUAAUUUAAACACGCGUCUUAUCUUGUUUCAAAAAGAAUGAGUGGGCUGGAAAUUCUGGGAUUCGUGACUGCGUUGGUGUUGACUUUGAAAAUCGUUUACAACUUGAGCCAUUUUGUGUACACAACUUUCGUGGGACGGCUUCUCGGCCAUGGCCUCGUCAUCAGCAAGUGUGGCCCCUGGGCAGUGGUAACGGGGGCAACAGACGGAAUCGGGAAAUCCUAUGCUCGUUUGUUGGCGGCUGAAGGUUUGAAUGUGGUGCUCAUCAGCAGGACGCCGGCAAAACUUGAGAAAGUUGCCAACGAAAUCAAAAGCGAUUUCUCGUCGGUCGACAUCAAGACAAUCGCAGUGGACUUCACAGAUGGAAAUUCGAUCUACUCAAAAAUUGAAGCCGAGCUGAGUCAGCUGGAGGUCGGAAUUUUGGUCAACAACGUGGGCAUGGCCGUUGGCUUCGCCGAACGAUUCGUUGAAAUCGCUGACGAAAAAAGCCUUAAUGAUAUCGUCAAUUGCAACAUCUUGUCCAUGGUCCGAAUGUCCCGAUUAAUUUUACCUCAGAUGAUUGGGCGUAAUCGGGGUGUCAUCGUAAAUAUUGGAUCGAUUUCAGGGGCCUUCUCAACGCCUCUAGCUACAAUUUAUGGUGCAACUAAGGCUUUUGUCGACAAGUUUUCUCGCGACUUGUCGGCUGAAGUGAAAGAUUCAGGCGUAACUGUUCAAACUGUUCAUCCCGGAUUUGUCGUGACUAAUAUGUCUAAAUUGCGGAGGUCUACUUGGACAGCUCCCACUCCGGACACUUUCGCCAAAGCUGCUUUGUCCAACUUGGGCCUGGACGAUCGCACCGCUGGAUUUUGGUUCCAUAAAAUUCAACUUUACUGGGGUGAAAUGGUACGAUUCCUGAUUCCGGGUAUCAUGGCAACUCAUACGAUUAAAUUCAUGGAGUCGUAUCGCCAAAAAGUUCUCAACAGAGCGAAUAAAUCAAAGUAAAAGAGUGACUCAAUUUUCUUCAGAGGAUAAUCAAGUUUCUCGUUCAUAGCUGUCACAAACAAGCAUUCUACUCGUGCAACUCUGAUACAUACAGUUCGAAAUAAAAAUCUAUUCAGUAGAA